UGUAGGUUGAAGGCUCCCAGUGGACAGACCGAACAUAUAAGAAGGAAACCAGAGAUCUGGUGCUAUUACGUCCCCGAGUCUAAAGGAACGAAUAAGCACAGAAUUAAAAGCAUUCUUCAGCCUGAAUUUUUAAGGAGUGUACUUAGGAACUAGGCAAGAAGAUUUAUGAUAACUAAAUUUUAAACUCCAACAACCAAAGGCAUAAAAAUUAGAGCUGCUGACAUUUCAAUCAAUAUGAAGGAUAACUUCACCCUUGUCACCAUCAGCAAAAACAUUACCAGCAGUCUUCAUAUCGGACUUGUGAACAUCUCUGGCAAUGAGUCUACAUUUAAUUGCUCACAUAAGCCAUCAGAUAAGCAUUUAGGUGCAAUUCCUAUUCUCUACUACAUUAUUUUUGUGGUUGGAUUUCUUGUCAAUACUAUUGUGGUUACACUGUUUUGUUGUCAAAAGGGUCCUAAAAAGGUUUCCAGCAUUUACAUCUUCAACCUGGCUGUGGCUGACUUACUGCUUUUGGCUACUCUUCCUCUCUGGGCAACCUAUUAUUCUUACAGAUAUGAUUGGCUCUUUGGACCUGUGAUGUGCAAAGUUUUUGGUUCUUUCCUGACCCUGAACAUGUUUGCAAGUAUUUUUUUUAUCACCUGCAUGAGUGUUGAUAGGUACCAAUCUGUCAUUUACCCCUUUCUGUCUCAAAGAAGAAAUCCCUGGCAAGCCUCUUAUAUAGUUCCUCUGGUUUGGUGUAUGGCCUGUCUGUCCUCAUUGCCAACAUUUUACUUCCGAGAUGUCAGAACCAUUGAAUAUUUAGGAGUGAAUGCUUGCAUUAUGGCUUUCCCACCUGAAAAAUAUGCCCAAUGGUCAGCUGGGAUUGCCUUAAUGAAAAAUAUCCUUGGUUUUAUUAUCCCUUUAAUAUUCAUAGCAACUUGCUAUUUCGGAAUCAGAAAACACCUACUGAAGACCAAUAGCUAUGGGAAGAACAGAAUAACUCGUGACCAAGUCCUGAAUAUGGCAGCUGCUGUUGUUCUGGCAUUCAUCAUUUGUUGGCUUCCCUUCCAUGUUCUGACCUUCCUGGAUGCUCUGGCCUGGAUGGGUAUCAUUAAUAGCUGUGAAGUUAUCGCAGUCAUUGACCUGGCACUUCCUUUUGCCAUUCUCCUGGGAUUCACCAACAGCUGCAUUAAUCCCUUUUUGUAUUGUUUUGUUGGAAACCGGUUCCAACAGAAGCUCCGCCGUGUGUUUAGGGUUCCAAUUACUUGGCUCCAAGGCAAGAGAGAGAGUGUGUCAUGCCGAAAAAGCAGUUCCCUUAGAGAAAUGGAGACCUUUGUGUCUUAAACAUGAAAGUGGAAUGCGUGUUUUCAAUAUGUCUACUUGGCUUGAGAUCUCCUUAAAUUAUCUUUUAAUGGCUAUAGUAAAAUAACAAGUCUUCCCCCUUAAUGUAAUCUUUUCUUGCUCUUCUAGAACAGGAAACCAAAUGUAAGUUUUAUCUUCCAGUGACUUUUAAGAAUUUCCCCCUUUUUCCCCUGGUCUGUCAGUGUAAGACGGUCACUGGGGAGAC